AUGGAUCCGAACGGAGCAUCUCAAGUCAUUACAGCAUUAGAAGUCAUCUAUUCGGGUAAAUCAACGAAUGAAGAGCGGUUGGAAGCACAGAAGUUUCUUGAUAGAGUGAAAGGCCAUGAAGAAUCGCCAUUCUGGGGUUAUGAGAUAGCGUUGAACAAUCCAGCCGACUACAUCCUCAAGCAUUUUGGACUUGGACUGUUGGAAAACGCUGUGAGGAAAAACUGGGUUGAUUACAACCUGGAGAAGCGACUCGCGUUGCGAAAAUGGGUUGUAGAGCUCAAUUGUGGAGUUCAAAAAGAGGACCCGAGAUACAUUAAGCAAAAACUCGCGUUUUUGUGGGUGGAAAUCGCUAAGAGGACCUGGGGUGAGGCCCUCAGAGGAGAUAACCCAUCCAAGGAAGAGCUUAUGGAAUCGUGGGUUGACAUGGAUGCCAACCUAACGGAACUUUGGAACAUCGGUGGGGCUUCCAGGGAGCUCGCUUUGGUCAUUUUCAAGAUCCUUUUCGAGGAUGUCUUUUUACUGGACGACCUGACCGUUUUGAAAAGAAUGACGAUCAUACAACCACUUUGUGUCAUGACAAUAUCACCAAUGGAUGUCUUCGCAACCAAAUACAAAUUCACAGAAAAAUGGACUUUAUUCAAGGCAAAUCAAGAAGGGUGGUUCGCAUUGUGGGUGUCAGAACUGAAUAAUGCAUUGGCGCAAAACAAUGCUGAAUACGUAAUUAGACUCUUAGAAACCUUGAAGACAUGUUUAAAUUGGCCAUUAGGUGAAGUUAUUAUAAAGAACGAUAUAUUCAGCACCUUACUGCAAUGUUUCCUGAGCAAUAUCCCGAAAGCACAAUCAAUGGCCCUCGAUUCCAUGCAUAUAUUACUGACGCGGCCAUACAAUAAUGAGGAGCAUUACCAAAUAAUUAUCGACAAAGUUUUCGAUAGCAUGGAUCUACUCAACCAGGUCUACGAUUAUCUCCAAUUCGAUCCAGAACAAGGAAUUGAUGAAGUAAAAUAUCCUAUCGUGAAGAAGUGUGUUGAUAUGAUUAGUUGCUUGUACAUCUGCGUUUUCAAGAUAAAAGAUACCAAUAAUCGCAUUGAGAAAUAUUUGAGAUUAGUAUUAAAGGCCACUUUCAAUCCCAGUCUCAUCGUUAGCGGUUUGACACUAGACGUGUGGUGUUCGUGUUUGAGGAAUGAUGAGUUCUUACCUCUCUUGGACAAGUAUGUGAUACCCGAUCUGCUGAAUUUUGCCGCAGAUGCGUUGAUAUACUACGAGCAAAUCGAUGGACAUGUGUCUAAAAAGUUUGCUGAAAUCGACUUCCAGUCAACCUCCGAGUUCCAAUCCUUUUGCUCAACUUUUAGAAAAAGGAUAAGGGAUAUAAUAAGACUGAUAUCCUGCGUCAAACUGGAUUACACCUACGAUUGGUUGAAUAACAGAUUGAACUCAUUUUUCAGUUCUCCUUACGGCCAGGAAGUUCUGACGUCUACUUUUUUGGAUCGAAAAUGUGAUCCCUAUUUAAGUGCAUUAUCCCAAUUUAUGAUUAUCGAAUGUUUCAUCAACGGCUGCAUACGAUGGAAAAUUUGGUAUCCUAGUGGUGCGGAUUAUUCUGAGAAGCUAGACUCAAUCAUGAGGAAGUUGGAAGUGCUCUCAAAUCAACUGAUUGCGCUGAAUAUCAGGGAACCAUUACUAUUGAAGAAAGAAAUACAAAAUUUCGCAUUGUUCCUAACUAUGCUGAAGGAUAAUGUGCUCUUUACGUUGUUGGAGAAGAUCAUAACUAGUGCGACAAUGGAUUAUCCUGAAAUUGAUUUAGAAGAACGCAGUUCGGAGGCCGAUGCAGUAAGGGAUUUGAGGUACGCAUGUGGUAUUGAACUCAACAGGAUGGCGCUUUUGAUGCCAGAAUCAUUGAAAGAGAUUUUCCCUGACUUGGAAAAUGUCGUCGCUAAGAUAAUGCCCAAUUUGUCAUAUCAUGAAAGGAUAUCCUUCAAGUCUUUCUUACUGACGAUCGUUCUCAAAUCUUCGAUGGAUGGCAAGGAGGAGCGUUUUGCCGCCAUUGUCGAUCCGGAACUCGUGGCCUGGUCGGAUCAAAGUACAGUUGUGGGCUUAUCCGAACUGCCGUGGUUUAUGGAGAGGUUAGGAAUCGUACAAAUAGCCGAAUACUUCCAGAAGCGAGGCAUCAACGAGAAUAGCGACUUGCUGUCGAUUUCAAUCGAUGAUGAAGGUAAAAAGUUAAAAUCCGAUCUGACAAAACGUUGGCAAACCCUGUUCCCAGUGCGCGCAACGAGGAUGUUUAUUCAUUAUUCGAUGCAAAGUAUCAAAAAGGAUGAAGAACUCAAGAUGUUGCAAAAGAUGUGGAGACCAAGAAUUGUCCCUAUUCUUCCAUAUAUCAUGAGAUUGUUGUAUCAGUUACAGGCUUACCAUGAUCCAGAGAAUGCUAAAGAUCUACCUGUUAUUGUCCAGUCCUUUGUCAAAUACUCAACCAUUGAACGGUUUUGGGAAGCAGGCGCUUCAAAUAAAUCGAAGGAUGAGUUUAUCAACGAACAUAUGAAAGCCAUGCAAACUCUGAGAGACUUUGCCGACUCUGUUGGACACAUAGUGAGGUACACCAGAGAAUAUACUCUACUAGUCAUCAGUGCCAUUUCAACUCUUGGAAAUGUCUUCUUCGAUAUCGACGAGGCACCAGAAAUGUUGAUGGACUCGAUCGCGAUCUUUAAACCAAGCGCCAACCAUAUAAGCCCUGGUGUCUCAACGCAUGGCUGGAAGCACAUCAUGAAUGUUGCCAUUCGACCUCUUUUGAAGAAUUGUCCGGAGGAAUGUGCUCCAAAAUUUAUGACAAAUUUCCUGCCUAGAUUAUUCGAAACGUUGGAUAUACUUCUUUGUCAAAAAUGGUCUUCGUAUAUGAAUUCAGAUAUUAACCUGGAGCCUGUACAAACGGACGACGAAGAUAUGACCGAAGAAAUCCUCGAAGAAAACCUUUUGAGACAGCUGACGACGGUUGUUGUUCGCAUAAUGAUCGAUUGCGUUGGCCAGCAUAGCACAAAUAGCCAAAGCUCCAAAGGGAAGUUUACAUCGCGCCAAAUCAAAAUGCGUGCAAUUAUAUUUGAGAACAUCAACGUUCUGGCGCCGUUCCUAAAGCUUCUGAAUCAUUUAAUGUCUUUCAGAGAUAGCAAAUGCUCUUUCAAUGCAAUUUUGGUGAUGAGAUGCUGCUUGAAUGAGGUCCUAAUAAAGGAAGAUAGUGUUGAUGAGUUCUUCACCGUCGAGGUAAUGAAGAAUCUGCUUCUGAACGUCUUGUGCCAGAGCUCAUUCAAGGACUCUUUUUAUGAGGCAUUAAACGUCUUCACCGUUUUGUUCCUGACUUUAUGCAAAGAAUAUAAGCCCGCUAGGGCUUACCUUUAUGAAAUCUCCCAUGGCUAUGACAUUGAUUCUUUGUAUGAAAACUUGAAAAGUGUCGAUCAUUAUAGAAACCAGCGCGCUUUGAUGAUUGAAUUCAUCGAUUGGAUUAAGGCAGCGAACGGUAGAGACGAUGAGGAGGAGGACGAAAACCGGGCUACGGAAACCAAGAGACAAGAAAAGAGAGCAGCUAUCUUGAAGAAAGCUAGCGAACGGUUGGUCAGAAAGCAAAAGGAAGAUGGUGACAUCUUGGAUGAUCCCAACACCGAAGAUGCCGCUUUUGGCAGCCUCUUCGGGUCAUGA